AUGUUGGGCUCGGCCGCUCCUGCUGCUUCGGUCCAUACCUCGACGGCGACCUCCAACGCUACUUCUGCCUCGCUGCCCCGUCCGUCGCGCCUGCGAGGUCUGUCGUACCUGCGAUCCCUCCACUCCCACUCCCACCCCCACCCGGCUCGCUCAUCCUCGGACACUCCGCCGCUGUCACGCUCGACGUCCUAUCCUGCACCCGCCAAUGCUCCACCAGCCGGCACAACUCCGCAUCGCCCAACAAACGCGGGAGAGCGGGGUGCUAGCGGCCUUGGUAGCGGAAGCGGGUGUGGCCAGCCCGUCUCGCCCUCCCAGAACGGCGACGGCUGGAUACCUACCAUCCAAGGCAGGAGCGGCCUGAGCAGAGAGUCCCUGCACCCGACGUCGACCUCGACGGCCUCAGCUUCACCGGAGCCCAGCACUCCAGGCGUCAUGACUCUGACCAGGAGUCGCGCCGUCGGCAACCUGGCUCCUACGCCCACGCACACGCACACGCACACGCACACGCCCACGCCCACGUCCCCGCCUGCAAAUCACCCGCACGCUUCAUCGCAGCGCAGAGCCUCGUCCGCCGCCGACACGACUUCCACGCCGCGUGCCGACAUGCCAGAGCCGGGCUCCAGUCGCGACAACUUGCCCUCGAUCCGUUUCAUUCCACAUGUCGAGACGCGAUCGUCCCGACCGUCUCUGCAGUUCACUGCCCUCUCACGUACCUUGAAGACACCCACGCAAGUCGUCAAGGUAGGCAGGUACAGCGAAAGAGACCACCACACGGGAGACCCGGCCACUUUCCCGGUCGGCUUCAAGUCCAAGGUGGUCAGCAGAAGACACUGCGAAUUCUGGUGCACAGAAGGGCAGUGGUACAUCAAGGACGUCAAGUCGAGCUCCGGCACGUUCUUAAAUCACGUGCGGCUGUCGAGUCCCGGCCUCGAAAGUCGCCCUUAUCCCGUGAACGAUGGAGAUGUGGUGCAGCUGGGCAUCGAUUUCAAGGGAGGCGAAGAGGUCAUAUUCCGCUGCGUCAAGAUCCGCGUCGAGGUGAACCGCGGCUGGCAGAAGAGCUUGAACAGUUUCAACACUUCGGCUCACAAGCGACUGCUCAAGAGCGCAGUCGGGGCCAAGAAUCGAGACUCCGACGCCGGAAGCGUGAACAGCUCCGAGUGCUCCAUCUGCCUGAAUCCAGUCGCCCCAUGCCAGGCCUUGUUUGUGGCUCCCUGCAGCCAUGUAUGGCACUACAAAUGCAUACGGAACCUGAUACACAGCCCGCAGUGGCCCAACUUCCUGUGCCCGAACUGUCGCUUCAUGGCCGACCUGGAGGCCGAUGUCGAGCAGCCAGAGGACGAGGAUUGGGACGAAGAAUCACCCGAGGAGAUGGCGAGGUCACAAUCACACGCGCAAGGUGAGCCAAGUGGCUCGUCUGACGAGAGCGCUGAAGCUCAGCACAGUGACGAUGGCGAGCACAUACGCACGAACGCACUCCCGAGAAACAGCAGUCGCAACCGCAAUCAGCAGACAGACGAAGACCUGGCUGCGCUUAUGGGCCACACGGCGCUGGACACGCCGUCUCCAAUGCAUGAGAACCGACCGCCUCGGCUGAACCAUGGUGAAUCGUCAUCCAUUACACAGCCUAUCAACAUUGCGUCCAACGGAGGGUCGCGGACUACGAGUGACCCUAUCGGACCGAGGUCGAUGACUCCAACAUCACAUGCUCCAUUUGCUCUGGCUGCUGGUCCAAUUGUGGAGGGGCCUAUGACUCCGCGAAACGAUGCUGGACCGUUCAUUUUGGACGGCACCGCUGGGAGGGAGAGAAACGUGGCACCGCCGGUGCAGGAGGUCAGCGAGCCGGCGUCACUAGAAGAAAAAUCAUUGAGAAGGACAUAG